AUGUCUGCAGACAGCAUCGCAGCCGCAGAGUAUCUUCAGGAGUUCAAAGAAAUUACAUCCUCCUACUCACCCCAGCAAGUGUACAACGCUGAUGAAACAGGGCUAAAUUUCAAAGCGUUGCCAACAAAGAGCCUAGCUUCAAGAGAAGAAAAGUCCGCUCCAGGAUUUAAAAUGGAUAAGCAACGACUAACCGUAUUAGCAUGCAGCAACGCUUCCGCCACCAAUAAGAUACCUUUGAUGGUUAUCGAGGCUUGGGAGAACACAAGCGUAGGAGCUCUGCAGAAAUCUUGGAAAAAUCUUUGGCCUGAUCUGCAGUUUGUUGAAGAGGUUGUUCCACCGGUAAAUGAAUGCGAACUUCUUCCUCUUGUAAAAAAAAUACCGGGAUGCGAAAAUGUAGAGAAGGAGUGUGUUGAUGAGUGGACGGCUGUAGAUGACAAAGGCUUCGAGGAGUACACAGACGAAGACAUCGUGGCAUAG